AAUGGAUGCCAAAUGAAGAGGUCACAUCUGCACGUGGUUGCCGAUUCCUCUAGUUAUUAAACAACACUUCCAUUUUCCCACUAAAACCGUUGAGUCUUUCACCACUUAGCUGUUGCUAGCUGUCUCUAAUCUCUCCCCAUGUGACCCUUCUUUCCACUCUCUCUAUCUCUCUCUCCAAAACCUUAGGACCUUAUUAGAAAAACAUUACACACAUAUCAUAAUCUAAGAUAGAGAGAAGAAAAAAACAUAUAUCAUAAUUGUGUAUUCUACAUGUCACAAUAUGGUGUAGGUGUUAUUGCUUCUCAAUCAUCUCUUUAAUAUACUCAUAUAUCUCUCUCUUGUCUCCCACUCUUUUUAGAAACCCAAGAACAAAAUUUUGAAGUAAAGAUUUGCGGUUGUUUGUUGUGUUGGUUAGGUAGUUGAGAUUUCUCCCUCUUUUCUCUAACUAUUUUUCUUAGACACUUUAGAUACAUAACAUAACACAAGACCAAAUUUUUUGGUUAUUCUCUCUAUAUUUGAGGUCACAUAUACACAUUGGGAUUAAUGGCACAGUUACCUCCUAAAAUACCAACCAUACCCCAAAAUUGGCCAUAUUCUCCUCAUCAAAAGGUAUCAUCAUCAUCCACAAUGUCAAAUAUUACCUCCACGACCACCGCCACGACUAAUACUACGACUCUGAAUAAUACUUCUGACCAAAAUUUACCAUCAUGGAUGGAUGAAUUUCUUGACUUCUCCUCGGUAAGACGAGGAGCUCACCGACGUUCUGCCAGUGACUCAAUUACCUUCCUUGAGACAUCUUUUCUUGAGGAAGACUGUAGAAGUGGUGGAGGAGGUGGUGGUGACUUUGAUAGACUGGAUGAUGACCAAUUUAUUUCUAUGUUCUCCGACAAUGUUGCCGGCGUCUCUUUCCCUCCUCCACCAUUGUCGUCAACUUCCAACCCGUCAUCACCGUCCUCUGACCAAAAUAGUAACAAUAAUGAAGAGAAACCAAUGGCAAUGGUGAUGGAUGCACCACCUCAAGAGCAUUAUCUUCAUCAUCAUGGGGUGAAGCCUAAGGAUGAAGCAGUUGAUGACGAAAUAGAGGCGGCGGCGGGGCCAUCGUCCGCCGGAACCAUCACCUGCACUGAAACCGUUGUGGAUCCCAAGAGGGUCAAAAGAAUUUUGGCUAACCGGCAAUCAGCUCAAAGGUCAAGGGUGAGAAAGCUACAAUACAUUUCUGAGCUUGAAAGGAGUGUAACAUCUUUGCAGACAGAGGUUUCAGCAUUAUCACCACGAGUUGCAUUUUUGGACCAUCAACGUUUGAUUCUUAAUGUCGACAACAGUGCCUUAAAGCAACGGAUUGCAGCAUUGGCCCAAGACAAGCUUUUCAAAGAUGCUCAUCAAGAAGCAUUAAAGAAGGAAAUUGAAAGAUUGAGGCAAAUAUAUCACCAACAAAACAUACAAAAGAUGGGCAAUUCAGCCAAUAAUAAUAACAAUGGGCAUUCUCUUCAAUCUCCACCAACAUCACAAUCACAACCACAACAACACUCUUUCCAAAAGGAGCAACUCCUCAGUUAAGGGAAAGUGGAUGAUGAUGUAUUAUGUUCCUUGGUGCUAACAUGUGAUAUGUUCCCUAUGUGGGGCCUUUGACACACAGUUAAGAGUAAUUGAAGGGUAGGAACUUGACAUGUGGAUUGGUUUAAUAUAGAUUGGUUUUUAUUUUUCUUUUUAAGGUGAUUAUUUGGGAUUUGUUUGGAAUUAUAAGAUUUAAUUUCUUAUGAUUACAUCUUUUGUUCUUGUCUUUUAACAGAAAAUUAUUUUCAAUGAUUUUUUAUUUUUAAUUUUGGGUGGAAUAAGGGGACAAAACAUAGUGGGUUUGUAUUGGAAUAGUGUGGAAAUUAAAGCCAUUUAUAGAAUUAUUUUCUCCUUUUUUUAUUUUGGUGGAGGAAGGGGGUGUUGAUUGAUGUAAUUUUUUUUGUUCACUUGGGACUAAUUGUCUAUUAAUUGAUGUAAUGAUUUUUCUU